AUGCCCAAAUGGACUCCCGAAGUCGACGCCAAGCUCCUGCUUGCCGUUGUCAAGACCAGCGAAACCAAGUUCGAUAUGAACGCCAUCGCCGCUCUCUUGUCCUUUGAUGGUGAAGCAUGCACGGUCAAGGCUCUGACCCAUCGCUUCGCCAAAUUGAAGCAGGAUGCUAAGGAUACAUGGCCAGACGACAGUGCCGUUCAAGCUACUCAAGCUGCCGCCAGUCAGCCCAAGCCUCCGAAGACCCCCAAGACUCCGAAGACUCCCAAUAAGCGCAAGUCUGCUACCGCCGACGACGAUGCCGAGGCCAAUGACGAUGCCGCUGCUACCAAUGGCUCUGCUUCCAAGAAGCGUAAGCCUCCUCCCAAGAAGGACACCAAAGUUCCCGUCAAGGAGGAAGAGACUGACGACAAGGCUGCCACUGCUACCCCGAACAAGAAGGGCAAAGGCCGCGGUAGACCCAAGAAGUCGGCCGCCAAGGUCGAUGCAUCGGAGGAAGGCAAUGGCGAGGAUAAGUCCGUCAAAUCCGAGGAGUCUGACGAGUCUGAGGGUGUCAAGAACGACGAUGCUGCUGAGGAUAAUGGCGAGGCUGAAGCCGGCAAGGGUGAGAAGACUGCUUGA